GUGUGGUUAUUCAAGGAAGUGAACAAUUCGUUGUCGACAUUGAUGAAUGGGCAACAUAUGUGCACUUCAGAUUGAACUGCUCUGAAAUGUACAGGGGUUAACCGUAUGAGUGCAAGGCUCUCCUCAAGAAAAGAAAUAUAGUUUAGUGUAUUCAGAGGCGCGUGAGUAAAUGUUUAAAACUGAAAGUAUGGUAAGUUAUACUAUUGGAAAUAAUGAUGCUCCUGCUGGGGGUCAGCCUGGGCCAUCAACCUUUUCUGGACCUUCUACGUUUGCUGGUACUCAACCUACAACUGCCCCUCCCAUAUAUAUGACACCUUUUCCCUACAUGCCUUUUUCUCCUGCUGGGGGUCAGCCUGGGCCAUCAACCUUUUCUGGACCUUCCAUGUCUGCUGGUACUCUACCUACAAAUGCCCCUCCCUUAUUUUUGCCACCUUUUCCCUACAUGCCUUUUUCUCCUGCUGGGGGACAGCCUAGGCCAUCAACCUUUUCUGGACCUUCUAUGUCUGCUGGUACUCAACCUACAAAUGCCCCUCCCUUAUUUAUGCCACCUUUUCCCUACAUGCCUUUUUGGCCUGGUUUCUUACCUAAUGCUCUUCCUGGAGUUAUUCCUUUUAUCAUGCCACCUGUUCCUCCACAACAACAGCAGCCAGCUCCACAAGUUGCUCAUCUAGCGAAUGCUCCUCAAUCUCAACAAGCCUCCGAUGGAGUCUGUAAAGAAAAGAGAUCUGAAAGCUGGACUCUCAGAACUUCAAAAACAGAAUCGACUGAAAGAGCUGAUUUAAUAAACAAUUUUUCUGAAUCUCCUUCCCUGCAGCGCAUUGCAGUAGUGUCGAUUGCAAUUGGGCUAUGGACGUUGCCUGAUAUAAGAAAUGAAAUGGCGUAUUAUUUCUUACAUGCAGAUAUCGAAAAUGCAGUUAAGUUAAAGAGAAGAAUAUUAGACAAACUGUCAAAUAGCUCUUUGCCCUCAUCGCUGAAGACCGAAAUCUCAUACGUCAUUCGACCCAUUAUGUUGCAGUUGUGGAAAGCGCUUCGUAGUUAUGGUAGACUGACAGGAUAUCAAGAAAAUCUCAGGGAGUAUUACAUAAAACAUGGUACAAUUUAUUGGACAGUUGAGGGGACAGUUGACAUAGUGAAAUCCUUUACGGAAAUAUUCGAUAAUGGAAACUUAGAUAGUGGCCAGAUAGCCUGCUCUCACUGUUUAGGGGAAUAUGCUACAAAUUUGUGGGAGAAAAUUCCAGAAGAAUUGAGAAACCAAUUUAGAAUCGCUUUAGCUAUGUACGAUUAUGAUUUGAUAAUAUAUUGGACAUGUGUCCUCGAGAAUAAUUUAGGGAGUUUUCUAACUAGACUCAUAGAUCAUGACGAAAUAUACGAUGAUAAGCUUAGUAUUGAUGUAAAUAUGAUUGCUUGUUCGAUUCAAAUUGGUAACAUAGUCGCUCUAAAGUAUUUUUGGAAGAAAUUGUCGGAGCAGGAGAAAAACGAUCAUUUGAGUAAGUGGCUUUUGCAAGCUACUCAACAAUGUAUGGAAUUUGAAAAUGAUUCAUUUUAUCAGUAUUCGUCAGAAUUUUUUGAUGUUUUAUAUUUUUUAUUAUCUCAUGUCAAUCGUAUAACUCAAAUGACCGAAUUUUUUCGGAAUCAUUCUCACGUAUUAGUGUUUUUGUUCGAAAGUUGGCCAUACCAAAGAAUAUUCUUGUCCACUAUUUUUGAACUAUUGGAUGAUCUUCAAGAAGACAUUUAUUCAAGUAUAAUGCGUAAUAUAAGUUCUAAGAUGAGUAAAAGGGGAAAUGAAAUGAUUUUUAAAGAAAUAUGGAGUGCCAGUCCAUUAAGACUAAGACGAUCAUUUCUGAAAAAUAAAUCUCUUUGCUACGAAGUGUUGUUGCACUUGCUGCAAUUAGAAAAUCUAAACAUGGCUGUUAGGAUAUUAAAUGAUGUUUCCGAAGAAGAGAUUAAACUAUAUAUCUGCUUUAUGUUUUUUCGGCCUGAAUUUACGCGUGCUAUUUAUUCAAACAAUCUGAAUUCACUCCACAUGUUAUUAUCAAAAUCUACCUUGCCACCAGAAUGUUAUCCCUAUAAGAGGAAUGUUUUAGAGCAAAAAGAGCUUGAUAGACUGAUGAAAUCGUGGUUUAUUGGAUAUGGAGAUUGGCAUAUUUUUGCUGAGUGGAUAUACGAGGGUAACAUCCAAGCAGCUGCAUCUUUCUUUAGAUGGGCUUAUCAAUCUGUGUCAAUUGAAACAUUAAUACAUUUCUUAACUUUGAAACUUAACAUUGAAACUUAAUAUUUUUGUCCUACUAUGAACAUGUGGACCAGUUUAUGAAUUGUUUUUUUCGAGAUGAGAGAGGAAAUUCAACAAUUUAAAGCAGACUUUUUGCGAUAAAGUGAUAAUGAUUUUUUCAAGCAAUUAAUAGCAAUGCCGUUCAUUGUAUCAAAAAGAGAAGGCGAUGUGUUACGAAAAUUUAUGAACUACAACUUGUCUUCUAUUAAAAACAUUGCAGAAUUUCGACUUAUUUGUCGUAGUUGUAUAGAGUAUGCACUGAGUAAAAGUUUUCUUUUUUAAGUGCCACCUUGCUUUUGAAUGCGUCUUUUGAUAAUGUCAUUGAAGUGAGGCUGUACAAAAACGAAAUUAUACUAUCUGAGAAAAGAAUUAAAAAUUUUCUGGUCUUAAAUCAAUCACUAACAUAUGUAGACUGGAAUCAUGCGAGAGAAAUUCUAAUGUGAUCGUUACCUCUAACACUGAAUACAGUCACAAAAAUAAAGUCACUAAUUCUGGAGAAAAAGACUAGUCACUCUUUCCAAAAUGAAUUGAAUCCACAAAUUUCAUGAUUUACAGGAGAAUGUUGUUGAGAAAGAUAGCAGAUGAUAGUUGAACAUCUUUUUUUUGUGAUCAAAAACGAAGGCAAAUGAAAUCAUAUUCUCUGUCAAUUGACAAAUCAUGUUCAAUGCGCAAUCACUGUCAAACGAUUAAUUGUCUUAUAAUAAAUAGGUGACUCCA